AUGGCGGCUUUUUCACCAGAGGGGACCACCACGGCGCCACCAGGCGCCACUCCUGUCUCUCCUCAGAGCUGCUACUGGGACGGUACGCGCACUCCUUCGACCUCGACUCCCUCUCCCUACUACCACUAUCACCACCACACACACCCGUCUCUCGCUUCCUCCUCGCCCAUACGCAGGAAGCCGUUGCCGCCCAACGUUGCUCCUCUGCACUUCACCGAGCUAGCGCAGUCCAGGAGACCGUCUGCGUCCUCCUCGGGCCAUGAUUCUCUUCCACAGUCCGCUACGUCGAUCAACUUCUCCGUGAGAGACCUUGACAGUCUGAAUGCGGUAAUCCAAAGCCUCAAAGAUCACAAGCGGUCUUUCACCAUGGCCCUCCACCCUCCCCAGCAUGCACCAUCUGCCAAACCUCCGCCUCUGCGCGUUGACUCUACUAGUGUACGGUCCAUGUCUAACGGCUCCGUCGACUACAGACCGACACCAAAGACUCCGGGGAGCAAGAUCACCUCCUUCUUCGGCUGGAAGACUAACGCUGGCGCUGCCUCACCUGGCAACGAGUCCAGUGGUACCGAGAUCUCGGACUCCGCCCUCUCCCCUAUGCCUUCUCCGAUGAACACUUCCACCGCCGCCUCCACCGUAUACACCAACCAUCCAAGAGACUCCUUCUCCGUGACCCCCAAGAUGACGGGCCGGGCUCAAACCAUGCCAAUGGACGCUAGCGUGACCUCUCGGCUGGCCGACAUGGAGCACGAACUGCGAGAAAUCAGCUCAGAGCUGGCGGGGUCCAUCCGUCGAGAGAUGGAGCUCGAAGAUAUCGUGGAGAGAAUGCAGUUGGAGAGCAGCGAGUCUGAUCGAAGGGCCAGUGAUUAUUACUUCUCUGACUCGGGCCACGGCUCGUCCAUCAAGGAUUUGAGUGAUAGCGGAAGUUCCAGGGCUGAAGACAUCGAGAAAUUAAAGAGAAACUAUGAGCAGGAACGUGCCCAGCUCAAGAUCGAACUAUCGCAGAAAUGGCAGGAGGAACGAGCGAGGAGACAGGUUGCAGAGUCUCAUGUCCAGGUCCUUGAAUCUCAAAUAAGUCAGUUCCGACUUGAAAAAGUUGAAGCAUCAAAUGCUGCUGGAAAGUCAAAAGAGUUAGAAGCUGCUUUGGAGGAUACUCGUCGUCGGCUCACGGAAGAACGACAGCUGAAAGAUAACAUGGAAGACCUUCUCACCGGUAUGAGAGUGGAGCUCGAACAGCAGAAAUAUGAACGAGACCAACUACAAGCCCAGUUGCAACAAGACCUUCAGAAUCUCCGCAAUGAAAAUAACCUCCUAUCGCAGUCCCGGAAACUACAGCCUGAAAUGCCCCAGUCACCCCGUAUUGACUCAAUCGUCGAAGAAGCAAUCGGUAUCGGUAUCGGUCUAAGCAACAAUCGAGCAUCUAGUGGUGGGCUAUCCCGAUCAAAUUCUCUCGCCAGGAUACCUCCAGUCCGAAAUGGUGUAUCCCGAUCUGGCUCCGUAUCCCGUCCGACAUCGAUGAUAGUUAAAGGGCCGGAGUUCCACGAGUCACUGGUAAACCAGAUGAGGGACGUGGAGACUCAGCGCGACGCCCUCCACCAGACGGUCAAGAGUCUACUCGAACGCCAAUCGUACCAAGCUCGACAGCACGAGAAACGCCUCAGGCUCGUUGAACUCGAACUCUAUCGUGCUCGGCAAGCUAGCUCGCCUCGCAAAAGAGGCUAUGAACGUGAUGUCAAGAAUCUGCGUGAAGAAAUAAACCUUCUUCGUCGCCGCGCAGAUGACGCUCUGGAUCAAAAAUGGCAAUGUGAAAAGGGUCUAGCCGGGCUAAAGAUGGAUCUCGAUCGUGCUGAACAAGAGACCAGCUCUCUCCGCGCCUUGUUGCAAGACUACGAUAUCCCUGUGCCUCACAUGGAUGAAGAAACAUAUGAACAACUCCGCAUCGAUAAGGAAAAUGCCGAGCCAGGAUCCCCGAUACCUAAUGAGGCUCUAGAAGAUGAGAUUAGAAAACAAGUUACAUCUAACGCAUCUUUGCGUGCUCGACUCGCCGAGGCCAUCAGCCAAGGCGAACGGGAGCAGAAGCUCUCCGCCACGAAGAUCAACGAGAUGCAAUCUAGGCUCAAGUCCCUUGAGGAAAUGCUCAUGCUAGCCCAACAACGUUCAGAGGAAGAAGUCGGUAAACACGAGCAGGAAAUCUCCGCUCUAACUGAGAACCACAACGCACUCUUACUCAGAGCCAAAGAUGGCGUUCGAAGCCCCAUGAUGCUUUCCCCUAUCUCGCCCAACUCACCUUUCCCAACCAUAAGAUCCCCGCGCCUCAGUAGGACGAGUAGCGGCGAGGCCCUGGCAUUGAACCAGGUAGCGCAAAUCGAGAAUCUGGAAACAAAAGUCAGAGCAUUAGAGCAAGCCUUGAGAGACGCGGAUUCUGAAAUGGGCGAGGUCGUCAGCCAGAUGAAGCACUUCGCCAAACAAGAAGACUCCAAGCUCAAAUACAGCAGCGUCAACAGUGAUUAA